CUUAUUAGGUUAUGAUUUUUAACGAGUCAAAAAAAAAACAAAAAAAGGAAAGAAAGAAAAAAAACGAAAAUACCAAAAUCUUCUUCAUUAAACUAUGCAAUCCGUUACCUAGCUUUCAACUCUUAGUGUCGGUGGCAAGUGCUUUCGCAGUUGAUGUUCUUUCCUAUCUCUAUGCAUUUCACCAAUCCAUCGGAUAUUCCUUGCAAGUAUUAUGUACCAAACAUACAUUUAGGAGUUUGUCAUUCAUCUUGUCUUUUUUAUGUACCUCAUCUGCUUUACCUCUGACCUCAUUCUGGACAGAUUUUGCAAAUUUGAAAAUUUCUGCUUGCAUCCAUCAUUUUCAUAUGAAUGCUUUUACUUUCUGAUGGCAAUUCAAGAUUUUUACCAUUCGUUUGUACUUUUAUUUCAGAAAUCUUCUGUUUGUAGUAUGAAACUGAAGACUUUAUUAAUGUUAAUUCCAUUCCAUAUUUACUAUAUAAGAACCAUUUUCCUUCUAAUUUUCAGUUUGCUUUUACCCUGCACCUUGUACUUCUGGUUCACUUUCUGAUCAAGAUCCAAUCUUGAGAAAAAUAUUUUUUCAGUGAUUUUAGUUCAAAGUUGUACUAUGGUUUCACAAGAUUCACCCUCAAAUACCAAUUCAAGUAUUCUACACCAAUUCAUUAGCUCAAAUUCCAUAGCUAGUCAAAACCAGUUUCGAAAUCAACAUUUUGAUCCCUAUGCAGUAGAUUCAAUUGGAAAUGGUCCUUACCCACAGUCUCUAGGUUCGAUGCCAAAUAUUUAUUCUUUUGAUGAAAGAAUGUCUAGAUCUACAGACGUUCGUGCCCCUCAACUAAUAGAUGAAGCUCGUAUCGACCGGGAUAGACGACUAAUCGACCUUCUUGGAAGGUCGACUGAGGUUUCCCAGCAAGCACAAAGGCUAUCUCUAUCUCUGGGUUCAGAACAUUCCAGGCAAAGUUCCUUAAAUUCAUCAAAUUUUCUUAGUCCUGGUUACAUGAUAUCUGAAGAAGCAGGAAGAGAAUCUUGUAACACGGGACUUGAUAGAAUGGCUCAUGAUUUUUCUUUUUCUGGAAAUGCUUUUUCUCCGAUAAAUCAAUCUUGUUCGACAUCGUAUGGAACUGAAUCAAUUGCUGCUACAAUCGGGAGCUCGAAAUAUUUGAAACCAGCUCAAUCCCUUCUGGAAGAAAUGGUUAAUGUUGGAGGAAAGGACAUUGAUUUGAGCAACCAGAAAUAUGUCGAGAAAUUAUCUCGCGGCUGCAAGAAAGACUCUUUCGGACUUUCCUUUGAACUCAAAGCAGAGUUAUCCAACAAUGAACUGUUGAUUGAAAAACACGAAACUUAUCUCAACCUUGUAAAGCUUAUUGCCUUGCUUGAGGAGGUGGAAAGACGAUACGAUGAUUAUUAUCAUCAUAUGGAGAAAACAGUUUCAUCAUUUGAGGUUAUAGCGGGUUCAGGAGCAGGAAAAGCUUACACUGCUCUUGCACUCCAUGCCAUGUCCAAACACUUUUGCAGCCUAAGGAAUGCAAUUUUAUUUCAAAUUCGAGUGACACGAAAACAGAUCACCAAAGACAUGCCGAGAAUUAGCUCGAGUUUGUCUGAACUAAGCUUGUCUGAUCAAGAAGCAAGACAUAAUCGAAAGUCACUUCAACAGCUCGGAAUCGUCCAAACAUCAAGACAAGUGUUUAGACCGAUCCGAGGACUACCCGAGACUUCUGUCACAAUUCUUCGUGCUUGGCUCUUCGAACACUUCCUGCAUCCUUAUCCUAGUGACUCGGAAAAGCUGAUGUUGGCAUCACAGACAGGCUUGUCAAAGAACCAAAUUUCCAACUGGUUCAUAAAUGCUCGGGUACGACUAUGGAAGCCUAUGAUUGAAGAAUUGUAUAAAGAAGAAUUUGCAGACUCUUCAACUGAUUCCGAUCAAGUAUUGACAAGCAGUUCCACCACAAGGAAAGGAUUUGGAGAUUCUGCAGAGGACUUGAGCUAAAUUUUUCUUAAUCAUCCUUAACCAAAUGAACUACAUGAUUUUGUUGCUAUCUGUAGUCUGAUUAUUAAGGGAUUAUUAUUACAAGUUGAUUGCAUUGCAAGUGAUAAUUUCAGGAUUAAGAUUUUUUUU